CUGACGUCCCCGCGCUCGCCCCGCCCCCGGCUGGUGCGGAAGCGGCGAUGGCGGUGGCAGCGGGGGUUCCUACGCUGCCCGCUGUGGUGGAAGAGCUGCUGAGCGAGAUGGCGGCGGCGGUGCGGGACGGCGCACCGAUUUCUGAUGAGCAUCUAUUAUCGCUGAAGUUUGUCUUCGGCUCCUCAGCCGUCCAGGCCCUGGACCUCGUAGACCGGAAGUCCAUCACCCUAAUCUCAUCGCCCAGUGGGCGGCGUGUGUACCAGGUUCUUGGAAGUUCUGGCAAAACAUACACGUGUUUGGCUUCUUGUCACUACUGCUCGUGUCCGGCCUUUGCCUUCUCGGUGCUGCGGAAGGGUGACAGCCUGCUGUGCAAGCACCUCCUGGCAGUUUAUCUAAGCCAGGUCCUGGGGACCUGUCAGCAGCUCAGCGUCUCUGACAAGCAACUGACCGACUUGUUGAUGGAGCGGACGCAGGACGCAUAAGAGGAGCAGGUGGAGCCUCGCCGUCUUUCCAAAUAGAAGGCCCCUCGGGAAACGCACGCAGCCCGUCCCGCGUGGCUCACCCGGAGGAGGAGGAGCUGGGCUUGGUACUGUCCCCUGCCCCCUGGCCUGCGGACGGGACUGCAGGCUGGACUCGGGGUGCGCGUGCAGUUUGACGCCUUCGCGACAAAGCUGAGCCGGCCUCUAGGCCUGGGGGUAAAACAUUUCCAGGUGGAAUCAAGCAUUUUAGACUCGAAAGCCUCAUAUCACAUCAAGUCCACAGUUAGUCAGAGUCCCAAGCGACUAACGUGCUAGUGAUUUUGAAGAGGUUGAAAUGGCAGGCGAGUCGCUAAGAAGAAUGACAUUUAGAUGAAUAAGCGUGCGUUCUUGUUGGGUCCAGAAGAAGAUCAGAAGCAGGAGUUCCCAUCGUGGCGCAGUGGAAACGAAUCCAGCUAGGAUCCUUGAGGCUCCUCAGAUCCAGCGUGGCCGUGAGCCGUGGUGUGGUUUGUCUGUGCAGCUCAGAUCCGGCAUUGCUGGGGCUGUGGUGCAGGACGGCAGUUGCAGCUCUGAUUCGACCCCUGGGAACGUCCAUGUGCCACAGGUGCAGCCCUAAAAAGCGAAAAAAACACAAAAAACAAAAAACAGAGAUGUGGCUAAAUGGAGCAAAUAUAAAAAGGCUUGGGCGGGGGGAUGGUUUCAACAAGCUUCAGCUACCUGUGGUGGUGCCAAAACAGCUUACUAAACAGGCAGUAUUGGAGCUUUAUGUCAAGCCGGAUGACAGGAGGGCCUAACUCACCUUGUGAAGGAAGCUGUACCUGCUGCUGGGGGUUCGGUCUGAGGACGAGAAGGCCAAAGAGCUUCCCGGAGGGUGCUGGAAGGGAGAGACGCGGGACUCGUGUGGACUCCGAGGGACAGGAAGGGGCUGUGAAGGCGGUGUGGACAGGAGAUGGACAGCAGCACGGGCAAGGGCGUCUCGUAGGGGACGCUGUCCACGGAACGGGGCCAGGAAGACAGGCCUCCCCGCCUCCAGGCGGUUCGUGAACCUGCAGCAUCCCUGCCAGGGUGCACGUGGAAGCACCCACCGCGUCAGUGAAGACGCAGAUGGGGCAGCUGGUUUAGCAGCCGAGGCCGCCCCCGGCCUGGGCCCCCCAGCCAGCCGGAGGAGUGAGUGUUGCGUGAAAGGCCCUUUCUGCUCAGCUGCGGUGUGACCAGCGGAAGCUCUCCGGGCUCCACUGCGUGGGAAACGGGCCCGGCUGUGAACUGAGGCUCCAGGGGGUCUUUGGGAUAAAGACUAGCAGGCAGGUGCACCUCUGCAUCACAAGCCACGCAGCACCGGAAACGCGGUUUGGGGUUUUUUCUGAGUUUUAUUUUUAUUCCACCUAAUAUACAGACACAAUCACAUAAUUGUACUUAAUAAAGUUUCCAGCAACUUGGCCAAACUUGAACUUGGGAGAGAAGGAAAACCCACUCUCUACCUAAGAGCGUAUCCCAACUCCCGUGACAGGACUCAACCUAAGACGCCAGGGGAGCGUCGUUUGCCUCAGUUAAGGCAGCAGUGUCUUGAUUAGACGGUUCCUUCUCCUGGUCCCCUUCCUCGGAACAAGUAUACACUUUUAGCACGUCCAAAUUGCCCACUGCCUCUAAGUUAAAAACAUUUGUAUGAUGAUAGUUCACGGUGUUUCACAGUAAAAUAGUUUCGAGCAUCUCCCACCAUUGAAAGAGGUGGAACUCGUACCAAAAAAGACCCCCCAAAUCAGUCUCUGACAGUCCAUUCCAGCCGCAGCAUCAUCCCCUCGGGAAGAGCGGCCCGAGAGAACCACACGUGCCCUCGCCAACCCCGGGACCCACCAGUAACGGGGACAUUUUCACUGGGUAGGUGGCGGCUCCAGGGAGGGCUCCACAGAGGCAGCCGCUGGCGGCUGGGGCCGAGGGGGUCCUUCUCAGAGCGCCGCGGCCCGUCCCGUCAGUGUCCCGUCCCUUCGUCAUUGUGAAUGCGUGCCUUGGGGACGAGGCCGGAGCCGGGGUCAUAGGGGGAGAGCCGGCUGCGCCCCCGCCUGCCCGCCGCCGCUCUUGAGCCCGUCUGUCUGGCAGAGGACGUACCUGGAGAUGAUUCUGUGAAACGUGGCGCGGAAGUCUCGGUUCCGAUAGGCGUACACGAUGGGGUUGACGACCGAGUUGGCGUGUGACAGGAGGAUGGCCACGUUCAUGGCCCACUUGGGCUUCUCCUUUGCCCAGCCCGGGUGGAAAAGCGUGGCACAGUUGAUGGCGUGAAGAGGCAGCCAGCACAGGGCGAAGAAGCCCACGAUCAUGGCCAGGGGCUUGGCCGCGUGGAUCUCCCGCUGGAGGACGGUCCGCGAGUGGUCCAUGAGCUCCGUGCGCUGCAGCUGCCGGCAGGCCACCGUGAAGAUCUUGGCGUAGAUGGCGAGCAUGAUGACGAGCGGGGGCAGCACGCACCCCAGGAAGUUGAAGUACACCAUGUAGUUCAUGGGCACCACGUUCUCGAAGAGACACCUGACGCGGCGGCAGCUGCCGUUGCCCGGCCCCGCCCCGCACGCCGUGCAGUUGCCGGUGGCGAUGGCCCUGCUGUUCCAGCCCAGGAACGGCGUCAGGCCGAUGGCGAAGGCGAGGACCCAGAGGCCGGCAAUGACGCCUCGCGCCCGCGCGCCGGUGACCAGGCUCUUGUACCUGUUCAAGAGCACACCGCCUGUUACUGGCAGCCCACGUGCCCCGCGACCCAGGCCCGAGGCCACCUCCACCCUCUGUCCCACGGCCUCCAGGGGCACCCCGUGGCCUUAGCCCUCGACACUGGGGACACGCACCCCAACACAACCAGCUCGGCUCUAACCCUCCGGGUGCGCCCUGACCCCCAGAUCUUGGGUCUGGGCCUCCUCUAAGACACGCUCCGGGGCUCGAGGACACCAGGGGACGGGACACACAGGAGGCCUCCGCUUUCAGGGACUUGGAUGCCGGCAGGGCAGACGGGCCAUGCCGACCCGCAGACCUACGUCAGCCAGGCGUACGGCAGGUCAGAAGGAGCCCGCGUGGUGUGAGGGGACAGAGAGCCGAGUGAGGAGGGUCGGGUGUGGCAAAGGACUCGUCUCACGAGGCCCGUCAGGGGGGCUUUAUUGAUCAGAGGUGCUUGAACCAAAGCCCGGGGCAGCACGCCCCGAGACUCUGGGCAGGAAGCCUUCUGGUCCCACAAACGCCAUGGGAAGAAUCGUCCCGAGUUCCUGGGUACGAUGCUGGGGACCGAGGCCUGGCCGCGGCCCUGCUUCAGCCAGCAGCAGAGCUGAUACACUGAGAGAAAACUUAGCAGAUACGAAAUUUUUAAGUUAUUUUCAGACCACCGACUCUUGUCUUCCCGAAAAAUCUCCAGAAAUCACAGCACACAUUUGGGACCUCGUGCCCCAGACCAGUCCACAUCUGGUUUGUAGCGAAGGUAUGAACUUUGCUGUUGAUAACUGGUCCGUGGUCUGGAAGGCAGCUGUGCUCACCACUACACCACCAGUGCUGCCAACGGGUCCGUAGUCUGCGGGCCAUGUAACGUCCCGAGAAAAUAAAACCCUAAGCGUUGGGAAGACGACUGGGAAAACUGGGAAAUCACGUUAUCCUGAAACCUGUCUACACAAAGUGUCCAGUCCCCUUUGCCUGGAAGGCCUCAGCCCCACCGCCGUGCCUCUGCUCCAGGCCCUGCCGACCUCAACCCUGGACCAAACAGCUGUUCCUGUUCCAAAGGUCACCGCCCAUCACCUCUCGGGCAGGGCUGGCCACGCCCACUCUCCGGCCCUGUCCGCACACCUGCUGUAGAGCGUGUUUACCUGGUACAGGAGCCUCCCUCUCAACUAGAAUAUUCAGCCCCUUAAGCACCUGGACCUUGUCCCUUGGCAUCCGUGUCGCCAGCAGCUCGCACGGUGCUGGCCCGGAGGAGGCUCAGUAAUGUGGUCGCUGCGGACACGUUCCCGACCUGUCAUCAGGCAGCUUUAAACCAAGGUUCUACCAUUAGGACCAUGGGGAAGCCCGAUGCUGUGGCCUGAGGCCUGGCACGGGUGCGGAGGUCACCGAGAUCUUGCUUCACGCCGCCAGCGACCCCAAACCCUUCCUGCUACCACGACGGCAGCCUCGGCCACAUGCAGCUCGUCGUGGGUGCUGGCCCAGCUGCUCACUGAGUUCUUCUUGGCCAAUAAAUCCAUCCACUUCCAA